AGUGACCUCGUUCAGCACACUAUCAUGAUGGUCGAGGGACACCCAAGUCAGGAUGGAGACAGCCGGACAAAAAAAGAGAGUGUGAUAUACGGGGUAGAGGACACUCCCUCUAUUCCACUAUGGUUCGUCUUUGGUCUCCAGCAAACCGUGAUGUGUAUAACUGGGACGCUGUCCAUCCCAUUCCUGAUCACCCGCCAGAUCUGUGCGUCCCAGCUGACUGACGUCACAGCCAAACUGCUCAGCGUAUCCUUCUUCAUGUGUGGAGUGUCCACCCUUCUGCAAGACACCAUCGGCAUCAGGCUGCCAAUCAUCCAGGGAGGGUCACACACAUUUAUUCCACCCAUCGUCGCCAUGAUGUCGUUGAAGAAAUGGGAAUGUCCACCAGAUGAUAUUGCUGCUGGAAACGAAACGAUAGAAGCAGCAUGGUUGCCACGGAUACGAGAGAUACAAGGAAACCUGAUCCUGGCCUCUCUGACCCAAGUCGUCCUAGGAUGUACAGGGUUAAUUGGCUUCCUCCUCAGGUUCAUUGGGCCCCUCACGAUCGCCCCAACCAUCUCACUCAUUGGUCUCUCGUUGACGGUGGUUGUCAACGACUUCAGCAAGUCCCAUUGGGGUGUGGCGUUUCUCUCCAUGUGUCUGAUACUGAUGUUCUCGCUGUUCCUGGGUCGCUUCAAGCCGCCCGUACCUUCCUUCAGCAGGGCUAAAGGCUGCCAUGUCUCACGAUAUCCUCUCUUUCAACCAGCCCCGGUUUUGCUUGCUAUCGGUAUAUCAUGGCUGUUCUGCCAUGUGCUCACCAUCACUGACGUCUUCCCCAACAACGCCACGUUGCCUGGGUACCUUGCCCGCACCGACGCCGCCUCGAGACUCCAGGCCGUCGACAAUGCACCAUGGUUCUACUUCCCGUAUCCAUUCCAGUUUGGAAUGCCGACCUUCAGUGCUGCAGGGUACGUUGGGCUACUUGCGGCAACCAUCAGCUCAGUGAUUGAAUCUAUUGGGGACUAUUUUGCUGCCGCUAGAGUGUCAGAUGCUCCACCUCCCCCACCCCACGCUAUAAACAGGGGGAUAGCAAUGGAAGGAUUUGGGAGUAUCAUUUCUGGAAUGGUGGGGUCGGGCCAUGCAACAACGUCCUACAGCGGCAACGUUGGUGCCAUUGCCAUAACAAAGGUUGCCAGUCGUCGAGUGUUCCAAACAGCCGGCUUGUUGCUGGUACUGUGUGGCCUUGUGGGUAAAUUUGGAGCUGUCAUCACUCUUAUACCGGAGCCAAUCAUCGGGGGGCUAAAUGCUGUCCUCCUGGGGAUGGUGGCGGCUGUUGGAAUCUCCACCCUGCAGUUCACUGAUCUCUCGUCCUCAAGAAAUCUUACGAUACUUGGUCUUUCAUUGAUGCUGGGGCUUGGAAUCCCCCAGUGGAUAUAUGCAAAUCCGGACGCGAUAAAUACAGGCAAUACAGAGUUGGAUCAGGUUAUCAAUGUUCUCCUGGGCACCGCCAUGUUUGUUGGCGGAUUUAUUGGCUGUUUUCUCGACAACAUUGUACCAGGAACCUUGGAAGAACGAGGGCUGACUAAAUGGCGACAGAAGCUUGUUGGAACCAGCGAUGGACCAUCACAUGUGGAUCAAAUGAAACUAUAUGACUUUCCUUUCGUCAUGAAGUACCUAAGACGGAUAGCCUGCUGUGCAUACAUACCAUUUAUGCCCACUUUUGAUAAGGAUAUUUGCAAGGCCAAAACCAAUGACGAUGACCAUGAAAAUAUUGAAAAACAGUCCAACCAUGAACCUGUCGAGACUAAGGAUGCUGAAUGUCGCCUUUGAUUAUUUGGAUCCAUUGGACAGACAUUCAGCAUUUUGGUCUUGACAGUUUCACAUUUUACUCAUUAUCAAACUACCUUCUGUAUAUGAUUUAUACAUAACUGUAUCUCAUAAUACUAUAUUUUUUAUAUUGAUAUAUCAGUUCGUCCAGGCAAACCGUACUUGGAGAGUCACAGUUCAAACAAUGAAUAAUCAUCGCAGAAAGUCAUAGUGUUUGUGAACUGCAAUAAAUCAAAAGAGCCG